UCCACAUAGACUCCUUUCUGAAAAAUAUCAUGUAAAGCGUGGAGACGGAGUCUGAAAUCAUCCAGAGGAGAACAAGAAGAUAAAGCGAAGGUGAAUCGUAAUUGAUCUGCUGCGAGGUCUCCUCAUCAAUGGCGUCGACCAAAUCGAAAACCUCGAAUUCAAAGAAUUAUUCGGAGAACUCAGGUGUUAACACAAGAGUAUGGUUCUAUUCGUUGUUGCUUACAAUUCAAUAUGGUGCUCAGCCUCUGAUCUCCAAACGCUGCAUCGGGAGAGAAGUAAUUGUGACUUCAUCUGUUUUGGCAUGUGAGAUAGUAAAGGUUAUUUGUGCAGUGUGUCUCAUGGCAAAAGAUGGAAGUCUAAAAAGAGCAAUGAAGGAAUGGACUUUGAUUGGGUCAUUAACUGCAUCAGGAUUACCUGCAGCUAUCUAUGCACUACAAAACAGUCUGUUACAGAUUUCCUACAGAAACCUUGAUUCUCUCACUUUUUCAAUGUUAAACCAGACAAAAUUAAUUUUCACAGCAUUCUUCACAUAUAUCAUAUUAAGACAGAAGCAAUCUAUUCAACAAAUUGGUGCCCUGUUCAUACUUAUUUUAGCAGCUGUUCUUUUAAGCAUUGGAGAAGGAUCUAGAAAAAGCUAUGGAAGUGAUAAUCGUGAUGAAAUUGUUGUUUAUGGAAUUGUUCCAGUUUUGAUUGCUUCUGUACUUUCGGGUCUUGCUUCUGCUUUGUGCCAAUGGGCAUCUCAGGUUAAGAAACACUCAUCAUACUUGAUGACAGUAGAAAUGUCAAUAGUUGGGAGUCUUUGUUUGUUGGCAAGUAUUUCCAAGUCUCCAGAUGGUGAAGCAAUGAGACAACAUGGGUUCUUCCAUGGGUGGACCCCACUUACCUUGAUCCCUGUUUUUGUGAAUGCUGUUGGUGGGAUUCUUGUGGGCCUUGUGACAUCAUAUGCUGGUGGUGUACGAAAGGGUUUUGUGAUAGUCUCUGCUCUCCUUGUUACUGCUUUGUUGCAAUUUGUGUUUGAUGGAAAACCACCUUCAAUGUAUUGUCUUUUGGCUCUUCCACUUGUGAUGACCAGCAUUUCAAUAUACCAAAAGUACCCCUACCAAAUCAAAAAGAAGGAAGCCUAGUUACUACUUUUUCAUGUUCUACAACACUUUUUGAUUUACAGUUUAUGUUCUUUACUAUCUUUCAUAUUCUUUAACCAUGUCGUAAUAUGUAUAAUAUUUUUGAUUAACCUAUGGAGAAACUAUAGUGAAAAGAAAAAAAAAAACGCACAUGUGAUUGUUUUUCUAA